UGUCGCGCUCUGUGACGUCACCACCGGAAACGCGUCCUCGCCGUCUCCGUCCUGGGACUCCAGCGCAGCACGGUGCCGGUGCUGCCGGCCAUGAGCAAGCGGAAAGCUCCCCGGGAGAGCCCCAACGAGGGCAUCACCGACUUCCUCACCGAACUGGCCAAUUACGAGCGCAACGUGAACCGGGCCGUUCACAAGUACAACGCAUACAGGAAGGCAGCCUCGGUCAUCUCCCGGUACCCCAGCAAGAUACGGAGUGGGGCUGAGGCCAAGAAGCUGGAUGGAGUAGGUGCUAAAAUAGCUGAGAAGAUAGAUGAGUUUUUAUCCACUGGAAAACUACGCAAACUGGAAAAGAUUCGACAAGAUGAUACAAGUGCAUCUAUCAGUCUCCUGACACGAGUUACUGGCAUUGGUCCUGCUGCUGCUAGGAAGUUUGUUGAGGAAGGAAUUAAGACUUUAGAAGAUCUAAGAAAAAAUGAGCACAAGUUAACCCAUCACCAGCGUAUUGGGUUGAAGUACUUUGAAGAUUUUGAGAAAAGAAUCCCAAGGGAAGAAAUGCUGCAAAUGCAGGAAAUUGUGCUGAAAGAGGUCAGCAAGCUGGACCCAAACUAUAUUGCUACAGUCUGUGGCAGUUUUAGACGAGGUGCAGAAUCAAGUGGCGAUAUGGAUGUUCUGCUAACCCAUCCAAGUUUCACAUCUGAAUCAUCUAAACAGUCAAAACUUCUGCGUCAAGUUGUAGAACAACUGGAAAAAGUCCACUUUGUCACAGAUAUGCUGUCUAAAGGUGACACCAAAUUCAUGGGUGUCUGUCAGCUGCCAAAUAAAGACGACGGAACAGCCUAUCCACAUAGGAGAAUUGAUAUCCGACUUAUCCCCAAAGAUCAGUAUUACUGUGGUGUACUGUAUUUCACAGGAAGUGAUAUAUUCAAUAAGAACAUGAGAACUCAUGCUCUGGAAAUGGGCUUCACAAUCAAUGAGUACACAAUCCGUCGCUUGGGUGUCACUGGAGUUGCUGGGGAGGCCCUACCUGUAGAAUGUGAAAAAGAUAUCUUUGACUACAUCCAGUGGAAGUACCGAGAGCCAAAGGAUCGGAGUGAAUAACUGCCUAGUCUUUUGGCAGGUGCUCGGGUGUGGUCAUUGUGCUGUUCUACUGAUGACCGUUUGACAAGACGAACUGAAGCCAUGGUCACAGUGCUGAAAAAAUUCUGGAUGUUGAACAAUGUUGCUGAGAACUAACUGGCUUGCAGAUUUCGGUCUGGAAAUGAUGUGCACAGUAAAGCCCAGAAGCACAGCCUGAGGUGCAAAGGCAUCUUUCUCCCUCUUGACUGUGAUAAGCAGCAUGUGAUCUGCCCUUCUGUCCUUUCUACAGCCAUAUAUCUUGUCCACAGAUUCCCCCUAGCUGCUUUCCUUGUAACAAAUCAAUGUUCAAUGUGCCCUGCGGUGGAUGAGUGGCGUUCUUCCCCAGCCUCACUCUGGCUUUCUCCUUUUAUUCAACCCCAAAUGUCCUAUUUAAGAGAUCCAGAGCAAAUCCUGAUGUUUCUGUUUUCCAUAUAAGGAACACAAUGUUACAGAGUCAUGCAUGCUGAAGUGUGUUUUCUUUUAGACAAGAACCCUCCCUUGCCAGCUCCAAACAAACUGGUGUCUCCUUAGGGGAUGUUUCUCUUUCCCAGAAACUAAUCCUUAUUUAUGGGCUAAGCGUCUAUUACAGGUUUGGUGAGGUAUGCAGAGAUACUAUAAACAUGCAAAUUCUUGAUGUACGUAAAAAGAUUAUUUUCUGCCUCCUCUGCACUAGCUCUGCUGCUGAGUUUGCUGUUUUAAAAGUGAUGUGCUGUUAUUUUACUGAGUAAUGUAUCUGCUAAUGUCUUCCCUAUAAAGUUUGUCCAGCUGAAACUGGCUGCAAGAACUGCUAUUGUGGCUUUUAAAGCCACAAGGAUGUGUGCCUGUAUAAGAGAUUGUUCUUAUACAAUUGCCUCUGUGUCUUUGGUUAGACUACAAUUGCAUAUUCUGGAGAGCUCCUUGGAAGUAUCCUUUCUCCAGCUGGGUAAGCAGGUGCAUGAGUGCUUGCCAUUUUUUCUUUAUGCACCUAGCUCUUAGUGUAAUUGCUUUAUGAGUGACAGCAAUGCAGACAACUGUUCAUAAUUGUCAGGAGCUCUCAAGAACUUUGUGUUGCCCAAAGAGCAACAACAGGAAGUGUUGCAUUUCUUUUCAUCUAAGAACACUGCUGUGCACCAUUAACUAAAUUACUGUUGUAAGGAUUGUGCGGUUAUCCCAUCUUUUGGGACUUGAGUCUAAAACAAAAGAAUGUUGUCAUUGCAUGUGAUCCAGUGUGCUGGCUGUUUGUAGACACAGGCUUCUGCCAGGAUGGACCUUGCUUUUAUUUACAAAGUAAAGGAAACCCCCAGUACAGAAAAGCAUUGUGGGUGUACCUCUGAUACUAAUUCAGGGUCAGAGGAGGCAGCUGAGAGCAAACAGUCAUAUUUUUCAGAUGUGCUGUGAAAGGAAGAGGAGAAAUGGCACUGAGUUUCCCUAGAGUAGAGAAAGGGGAUGAGAAUUCUAAUGUAACUGUACAGUCUCUGAAUAGUGUGGAUGCUUAAACUUAUGGUGCGUUUGUCCUGGUACCUUGAGAGAAAAGUCAACCUCUCCUUCUUUUUCUCCUGAUAUUUUUAAACAUUCAGAGAUUUAUUCCUGCAUACAUUUUUAAAGACAGAAAGGUCACAGAUCCAAUUUUUUUUUUUACAGAAAAGUAAUUUUUUUUACAUUAAGCCUUGAUUCAAAAAAUUCAGGUGAAGAAGAGUAAGUGAAGUCUGUUUUUUAGCAAUUUGUUGGUUUGGUGGUUUUUUUUUAAAAAAAAAAAAACCCGCCCAAUUUAAAUAAUAGAUUAAAUUGUCCAACGUAGACUUUUAACAGACAGCAGUUUAAUCUAGCAGCAACAAUCCUGCUUCUGAAGACAGACUGCACUUCUUGGUUAACCAACCUCCUGCUUGAGAGAAUUUUGAACUGAUGUAGGUAUUUGCCCGCUCAGAACUGUGUAUUGGUCUGCUAGAUCCUUCUUCUGCUCUGUUUCUAGUUCUUUGUAUCCCCUGUAUGUGGAGACACCAGAAUGAGAAAACUGGCUGUGCCCUGAAGUACUCUUAAAAAAUACCAUUUUCAACUACAGUCUGUAUCUCCUUAUCUCUGUGUUAAUGUCCUGGUGCAGUGCUGAAGCUCAUGCUAGGCUGUUUCUGUGUCUUUAGCAUAUGGUCAUAUUGAAAGUUUUUAAAAGUAAUCUGACCGUUCUCCUAUUGCACAUGACCUGUGUUCUUUGUUCCUAGAUACAUUGUAGUACUACUGGUUGCAGUGUCCUGCAUGUUGUUCAACUUGCCAUUACCCAGAAGACUGGUCUGGUUAACUGAUGCACUUCUACCACUCCUAUAGAGUCAAUCUGCCUUUUUUUAUAUGCAAACCUGUCAGCUCUGAUUCUAUAGUUCCUCUUAAGUCAUUGUGAAAGGUAGCGACUAUUUUGGACAUGAGAGGAGGUCCAAUCAAGAUUGUAUUACUAGUUGUAUCUGGGACAGGGAUUCUGUUGGUUAACAUAAAACUUAACUGGUUUUAAGUAGUGAACUGCUAACUGUAUUGUAGAGCAUCAGCAUGGAACAUAUUGCUGCUACUGUAUUUGAAUACUUUGUAGGUGUAUAAAGCAAAUGUAUUGCAGAAUAGCAAGCUUGAAAAGGCAAGACUAUUUUAUACAUAAUCAAAUUGACUAUUGCUAAUUAUAUAGCACUCUUCUUGAUGUGUUAAUUAUUAGGUCCUCUGACUUUAUGGAGUAGAGUGGAGUUUGUAUCAUCAGACUACUUAGUGUGACAAAUCAUAACAAAGACAGAUGUAAUACUGUUUCUUAUUUUAUCGGACUUAAGCCUAUAGAACUACAUUUUUACUUGUUCUUAUAUAAUUAGUGUUGAUCAGUCUUGGUCAUGGAGAUAGUUCGUAUCCUUGCUUAUCCAUUUAUUUUCUUCUGUUUUUCAUACUGGGAGUUUAAUUAUUUUCUGGGAAUGUGCCCCUACCCUAAUGCAUGCAGUGGUAUGUAAGGUGACAAGAAGUUAACUUGGUACUAUGUGAAGUCUUCUGAUGCCUCAUAUUAAAUAUAUAUAUAGGUGAUGUAUUCAGUAUUUUCUUCAGUAAUCAGUGGGAAUAAAUAAAGUAAGAAUUCCAUCAUGAAUGUAUAA